AAUUAGUGUAGAAGAUAGUAGUAGUAUAGCAUUUACUCGUUGAUGAGUUGAUCAAAGCCCAAAAGUUCUAGUAUAAAAUUCAUUUCUCAAUCCAUUGAAUAUCUUAGUUGACACAGUGUGACUAUAUGCAGGUAUGACCAGGGGUCCUAACCAAUGCAGUAACGUGAUAUCGAUGACAGAAUCUUUGCCAGCACGAUAUCAAUAUCAACAAAUCAUACCUACCUAAAUAACCCAUCAUCAAUCAACAAUCAUGAAGAUUAAUCCAUUCGUCUCUUCUUUCCUCGUAGGAAGUUUGAAUCUCAUAUCAAUCGUAAAAAGCUCUUUAUUUCACCCCUCACAAAUACCCAUAAAUGCGGGUACCAAUGCCAAAAUUCCACAAUCUCAAUUCACAGACCCGGAAUCCAAACUGGUAAAUCUUCACCAAGAUCUUAUUUCCAUCGAAUCUAUCACUGGAAAUGAAUACGAAAUUAGUCAAUACCUACAUUCGUAUCUCUCAUCCCGCAAUUUUACGGUGGAAACUCAAUAUGUUUCUUCUACCAAAUUACUACAUGAUGUUGACAACAUCGAUGAUAAGCCACGACUCAACAUUUUUGCAUAUAAGGGAACGACGAGAAGUACUAGAAUUCUAAUUACAACUCAUAUGGAUACAGUUGGACCAUAUAUUCCAUACUCACGUUCGUCCAAUGGAAAGGGGAAUGAAAUUUGUGGUCGAGGAAGUACCGACGCCAAAGGAUGUAUGGCUUCUCAAAUCAUGGCUGUAGAAGAAUUGAUAGCUGAGGAAUCAAUUCAAGAAGGUGAUAUCGGAUUACUUUUUGUAGUCGGUGAAGAAACGAAUGGUGCUGGUAUGGGGAGAGCAAGUGAAAUAUUUCAACAAGAUGGUCUCGGGUUCGAAGCUGUCAUAUUCGGGGAACCAUCUGAAAACAAAUUGGUCAUUGGACAUAAAGGUGCACUAGCAUAUGAGAUAAUUGCUCAUGGAAAAGAUGCACAUAGCUCUUAUCCUGAGUUAGGAAUUAACGCAAUUAGUAUUUUGAUAAAGGUACUGGCAGCAAUUGAUGAAAUGAAAUUACCUGGAAGCGUUAAGUUGGGUGAAACAACUACGAGUAUUGGAUUGAUAGAAGGUGGAGUGGCAAUGAAUGUUAUUCCGGCAAAAGCAUCAGCUACAGUAUUAACAAGAUUGGCAGCGGGAACACCGGAGACAGUUAUUAAAAGGAUUGAAACUAUUAUUGCGAACCUUGGAUUUGAUGAAGGAAGAGUGGAAGUCAAGUUUGGUCAUCAAUUUGCUCCUGUUGAUUGUGAUGUAGAUAUUGAUGGUAUGUAUAUUGCGCUAUUCUCAUAGAGAUGAGACUCAUACUGAAUUUCGUACUUUUAGGUUUCGAGACGGAUGUGAAAAGAGGAGGAACUGAUGUUCCAAAUUUGAAAGGGAAUCAUAAACGCUACUUGAUCGGACCUGGAUCUGUACUUUCAGCACAUUCGGAUCAUGAGUGUAUUACUGUUGAUGGACUUGUUAAAGGAGUGAAUGAUUACAAGAGAAUUAUUCGAAGUUUGAUAGCAAGAUAAGAUGGUAGAAAGCAAAUGCAGGUUAUCUAGGUGUCCUAGCCCGGACUGCCGUUCAUUUAAGGAGUCGAUUCUUGAAUACAUUUAAGAGAUUGAAACAAUCAGAAUAUUAAGUCCAUCCGAAGCAUUGGAUUCUUCUGAAGUAUUGAUUACGCAGUAACAAUAACAGGCUGUACUCUGCUGUAAUGAUCCUACUAUCAUCGAAUUUCUCACCAUAGAUAGCCACUAACGGAGCGCGUUUAUGGAAUGACCCAUUUUCGAUCAAUUUUUCUCUUAAUUGACCUCUAUUCAGC